CUGUACGAUGCCGCCUGCCAGAUCGCCCAGGAGACGGCGGAGAAAAUCCAGGAGCGCAACCGCUGCCAAAGAAAUGGGGACAGCUCGGCUAAGCUCAAUGUGGUUAUCAGAUCGUUGCUGCAGAAUCUGAGAGAGAAGAUUGAUCAGCUGAAGGACUCACUGCUUCGGGCUGUAUCAACACGCCAAAUCACACAGCUGGAGGGAGACAGGAGGCAGAAUUUGGUGGAUGACCUUCUCACACGACAGAAACAGCUUCAGGCGUCUUACAAGAAUGAAGGCACAGAACCAGAUGUGAUAAGCAACUGUGAGCUUUUUGUGGUGACGGAUAUGUCUACAAAAGCUGUUGAGGAUGAGAGGAUGGGGAGUUGCUUGGAGAGCUAA